AUGGUCACGACCCUUAGAGGGCUAGAAAUGGUGUCAAGCGUCAAUAAAGGCGGAGAUACUGGUCUGAAGCUGGAGAAAUUCCUCCUGGCUUGGGCGGAGACUCGUGCACCUCGAUAUCUCGAUCAAGUAUUAGUGAUUGUGGAUAAACCUAAUAAAGCUCGAUCGGCGUCCUACCAAAUGGUCAUUCUCCAUACAGAUGUCUUGAGAGAGAAAAUGGCUGCUGUUGCUGCACCUAUGCAGUAUGAGCAAGUAGAAGAGAUGGCAGAGGUUCCUGCCGAGUCUGCAGGCAAGCCGAUCGAUGUAGAUCAAUCAGUCGCUGCUCUCGAACCUGUCAUUAACGCACACCCAGAAGCCACGGAACAGUCUUUCAAGAGAGAUCGGGAGCACACCACGAUCCUAAUUAAUGGAUUGCCAAGUGGUGUCACGCGAGAACGUCUUGAAGCCUUCUUCACAGAUUUCUUCCGGGAAAUGAUGACAUGUUUACAGCUGCCUUGGUAG